AUGCCGAAAGUCAUUGAUUACUCUCCUCCCUGGCUUUCCAGGCCGUCUCCAGGAGCUACGUUCUUUUUAGGCUCCAGGCCAGCGCAUUCAUCACCAGCAAAUCGCAUUGGGAAGGGUAAAAAGGAUGCUGGUGACACGCGCGAGCAGCCGUAUGUCGGACCCAGGCGGGCUCUGGCGCGAAGAGGGACGGAGGUCUUCGCGGUCGUGGAUAACCAGAUUCGGUGGUCUAAUCUUUCUACCUUGAAGGACGAAUGGCAAACUGAAGUGCGGCAGAAGAGGGGGGAAACAGAGCGGGGACGAGAAACGGAGAGGAGUCGGACGCAUGAAGACGAGCACUCCCUGGAGCGUUCUACGGACAAGCAGGCGUCUUUCUACCGGCUUCUUACCGUACCAGUAUACGGCCAGAUAACACAACUGGUCCCUUCUCCAAAUGGUAAUUUCCUCGCUAUCAUCACGCCUCAUACCAUCCACGUCGCAAUAUUACCGGACUCUUCCCACCUUUCCGGUCCCGAUUAUUCCCCACUUAGUCUUAAGACGUUUCAACUAGGCCCUACGACACACGUUAUUCCAGAGGCCCCAGUAGUAACUGCCUUGUGGCAUCCGUUAGGAAUCUGCGAUAACAAAGGCGGGUGUCUCGUUACGGUCACUCGAGAUGCUGCGGUGCGUGUAUGGGAGAUUGACAGGAAUAGCCAUUGGUCAUUUGAUAGGCCAACAGUGGCUGUCGAUCUUAAAAAGCUGGCAGACGGGACGUCGAUGGACGAGGACUUUGCGCCAUCUGGGUUUGGACAAAACAAAGGGUUUUCAGCCGAUUUCUUCGAUAUGGAAGUUUCCUCAGCUUGUUUUGGAGGCCAUGGCUACGAAGAUGAAGAUGCGUGGGCACCAAUGACUCUGUGGAUUGCAAUGCGACCCGGAGAUGUCUAUGCAUUGUGCCCACUGCUGCCGUCAAAGUGGCAGGUUCCCUCGAUUACGAUACCGACUUUGACGACAUCUGUUAUUAAUAAAUUUGCUAGUGUACAGGGCGAUCUGUCUGAACUUGAUCACGAGAAGACGUAUAUCCAGCAGCAGUAUGACUGGCUGACAGAAAUUGACAGUCAAGAGCCUCUGCCUCUUCCAGAAGAAUCUGGGCUUUCCUCAAUGGUUGAAGUUCGUGCUCGCCCUGCAAACCUAAGUGCCAUACCAAAGCUACAAGGUCCAUUUCAAUUUGAUCUCGGUGAGGAAAUAGAUGAAUCGGACCUCACUGACAUUUUGGUUAUCGCUGCCAAAGCUGAUGUCGAAGAUUUGAUGUCGGGGGAAGACGGCUAUGCACUUGAAGAUAACCUUCGGGAGGGUGUGUCAGCAACUGUAAUAUGCCUUGCUACCACAACUGGUAGGGUUCAUAUUUGUCUUGAGCUGGAUGGGGUUGAAGGUCAAUGGCUUCCCAUGACAAGUAAGAGGGGCUUUACUGCUCCGGUGUCUGACCCAUCUGAGUUACUGUUACUGGAGUCUUUGGAGACGGUCAGGGAGAAAUAUCAAACUCCAAACUCUUGGCCUCUCUUCACCGAGGAUGCCCACUCCCGAUAUAACUUCUUCAUCACCUCAACAAACAAUGUCACCUUCCUCUCACUGUUGUCCUGGGCCGAAAGACUUGAAACAGAACUUCAGUCACCCGACCCCGCCGGUUCUGGAUUCCGUAUUAAGGUUCUCUGCGAUGGAUCGAUAGCUCUUCGAGAACAAAUUGUUCAAGUCACUGACCAGGAAUCCAUGACUACUAGUAUCAAUAAAUUACCCACGGACCAUCUUUCAAGCUGUCUAGUCCUUUACGACUACGACCUAGGUUAUCUAUUACUGACAACCUCCACAUCCCGUGUCCAUGCCGUUAUUCUCGAUUCACCAUCCUCUGACCCAUUAUCAUUCACAAACGAGCUUUCCUUCGAAAAUGAUGCCACCCACCAGCCAUCACUUACUGCAACCCGUCGUUCAGCUUACCAGCCUUCCUCAGCAUUCUACUCCACGCCCCCACUGGCUUCGUUUAUCGAAGAUGUCGUUCCGCAUGGCCAUAGACAUACUCUCAGGGAACCUAUCAGGCUCUCGCCAUCAACAUUAGACCUCAUUACCGCGGCCCAUAGAAUUUUAAGCGCUCACACCAGUUCCUUAGAACGAGCCGCCUCGGACCUUUUCCGCCGCUGCGAACGGUUACAAGGCGAAAUGCAGGACCAACUAAGCCAACUCGCAGAAAUAGCGGAACGGAUCAACAAUAUUUCUAAUGGCAUUGGACAGGAUCGAGGGGGAGGGAUACUCAACGGAGGUGGAAACGAAGCGCGACCCUUAAAUGCGAGAAUGGUAGCGGCGGAAUCUCGACAAAGGCAGCUAGUGGACCGGUAUAAUAAUAUUCGGAAUAAGAUAGUCAAGGCAGGUGGCCGGCCGAUGAGUGAGAAGGAAAAGGGUUGGGUGAGUGAGGUCGACAGACUCUCUGUUUUCCUUGCCCAGGCGGAGGGGAAGGACGACACGAAACACGCCGGCGAAUUGGGUCGUAGGAUGCAAACGGCCCAAUCUCUUGUGAAAAGCCUCCUCGCAGAGGUGUCUCGCAUUUCCGAAGAGACAGCUACCACAGCCAAUGUGCCCUCGACUCCAGGUACCCCUGGCAGCCAUCAGCCGAAGAUCCCGCAACGGCUACAACGGGCCAGAAUCGCAGAUGCUAUGAACAUGGUGGAGCGAGAAUCGGCUGUCAUCGAUGCAAUUACCUCGAGGUUAGAGCGGCUUACUACCAGCAUUAGUGACGCGAAUUAG